AUGGUGUUCCUUGCGAUAACCCGGAUAAUCCUCAAGUGCAGAUGGAAUGUGGCCGAGAACGACACAACCUGGGAGCCCGAGUACCUCAUCCAAGAUGCCCCUCUCCUGUGGAAGCAGUACAUUGCGACCUGCGACCACCGCGCCGUUCUGGGUCCUCGAGAGAGGGGGAGCUGGCACAUCCAGAGUGUCAAGUCGCAUACUUUUCCAAGCGGCAAGAAUAAUGAGAAUGCCAUGCUGACAGUCACCUGGGUUGGAUCCACGGACGAAUCGGUCGUGUCCGAAGCCUUCGUCAAGCGACACGACCCUGGUUUGCUCGACGAGUACUGGGAAAGCAUCGGCGGACGCAAGUGA